AUGGCACCCACCAGCGACAAACCUAUCAUCUCCGCCUCAUACUCUUCUCCCCACCCUCCCACAGCGCAGGUCUACCAGCAUGAACUGGCUGCGCCACUGAGAAAGGGUCAAUCGGUCGCUGAGAAGAAAGCCUACCUAGCCGAGCUGCGUGGACUAGUGGCCCUGGUGCAGGGAGAAGUGAACAUCUUUCUGACCGAGCGGAUGGAGGAAGACAAGAAAGCGGCGGGCGGCACCAAGGACGUGGAGUUGGAAGCGAAGGAAGAGCAGAAUUACGGCGAGGAGAACGUUGAGGAUGACUAG